CUUCGCCAUCCCAUCAACUUGCUCACAGAGUGUUUAUCUUCAUAUCCUUUUUCGAGGAUUGAUUGCGCUGGGUAUUUGAUAUCGCAGUUUGAAUUGAUCGAUAUCUACAAGAAGGCGCACCCAUCUUCUUUCCCAAGAAGCACCCUGUGCCACGCGUGGUGCUACAGUCAAUUCGCCCACCAUUGCCACCUCUUGUCAACCAGCAUUCACCUUCAUCGUCACCGUCGACAACAACACUACAUUCAGCCUAGACCACUAUUGCUGCCUUUUCUUCGCCUCGCUUUGCCAUGUCUGAACACCCCUUUCAGAUUCCAGGCCUUGGCCAGGCAAGGCCAAACGAGCAGCUCCCUGCUGACAAUUUUGCACCUGAUCUUCUUGUCGCUGCCGCUAGCAUCGUCGGACAGGACGUCCUGGCAGUGAACUCUGCUGACCCUGCGCAACUGCUUGGAUUGCCAAAGCCAAAGACGGAGGAGAAGAAGGAUGAGAAUGCUAUGGAUGUUGAUUCCAAGCAAUCAGACAGCACGCCUGCAAAGGCACAGGAAGACGUCAGCAUGACGAAUCACGGCGACAACAAGCAACAAACUGCCUCCGAGAACCCCGCCGCUUCCAACCUCGACUCUCCUCCGAGCCCCGACGUCACUUCUACACUCGAAGCCGCCCUCAAUGGUAUGCUGGAUGCUCCCGCCAGUUCGGCAAACAUGACCAACGGCGAUCAAGACGGAGUCCAAGAGGAGGAACACCCUGAGUGGGAGGAGGAUUCGUCACCAUACGAAUCUUCCUCGGAGUCGAGCUCUGAUAGCUCAUCCGAUGAUGAUUCGGAUGACGAAGAUGCGCACCCCGUGUUGGGCGUGGAGGAAACAGUCAGGAUGCUCAUGGCCGGCCUUGACGAGGAAGACGAGGAUGGACCCAACAAAGGAAAAGGAGCUGGCGCGCCAUUGCGGACCAAGAACGAGAUCGUCGAGGAGAUCAUUCCUAAGCCCGAGGUUGUCAUCACCCCCGAAAUGAAGAUUGAGCCUCUGGCUCACGUCGAGUUUAUUGUUGAGAAUACCGUGGUCAUGAAGUCUAGAGUCCCCGGCGAGGUCAAGGUGCUCGACUUGGGUUCGGUUCUUUGCAAGGAAGACAGGACGGUCAUCGGCGCCUUGGCCGAAAUCAUCGGCAAUGUCAAAAGCCCGCUGUACACUUGCGCUUUUGCCAACCAGGAUGAGAUCAAGGAGCUUGGCCUGGAGGUCGGCACACAGAUCUUCUACUCCGUUGAACACGCCAAUUACGUCUUCACCCAGGAGCUCAAGAAACAAAAGGGCACCGAUGCCAGCAAUCUUCACGACGAAGAAGUUGGUGCCGAUGAAAUGGAAUUCUCCGACGACGAGAAGGAAGCCGAAUACAAGAAGCAGCUAAAGAUGAAGAAGCGUGGUGGAAAGGCUGGACGCGGGGGUCUGCGUGAGCAGGUUCUUCGUGACCAGUCUUACGCCCCAAGCACUGCGUAUGCUCCCUCAGCAUCCAGUGCCACCCUCGACCACAGUCCCACAGUAUCCAGUGCUACGCUUAACUACGACGAGGAUGACGAUGGUCCCUACAGGCCUCUCGCUAGGCCCGUAGGCUUUGGUCAGGGAGGGCCGCCAUCACUGCCACCGAAGCCCGAGGUCGGAUUCAACGCGGCACAUGGUGUUCAGGGUCAGCGGGGUGGCUUCAGCCGUGGAAACCGGGGCGAGUUUCGCGGACGUGGCCAGCGCGGAGGAUACCGUGGUGCUGAUCGGAAGCCUGGUGGCCACCGUGCUGGACGUGGUGGUGCUGCCGCCCCUUCCUAUGGAGGCUACGAGAGCACUUCGGCACCUCCUCCAUUCCCCAACACACAGCUGCCUCCUCCUAUUCCCCCGAAUGCACAAAUCCCCCCGCCUCCCUUCGGCGCAACCCCAGGAGCAGCACCCCCGAUGCCCGGUGGCCAUUGGCCUCAUAUCCCGAUUCCAUUCCCACCGCCGCCUAUUUCCUUCCCCCGGCCCUCGACCCAGUCACCUGUUCCUCCCCCUCAGCUUGCAGGAGCUUUUAACUUCAACUUCCAGGCGUGGAAUCAGGCUCAGGGCCAACCGUAUCAAUACCCACCACAGUCCUCGUCAUCAUCUGCUUCCGCGCCCCAGCAACAAUCGUCGACUCCCAGCUACCCUCAUCAGGCACCGACCGUCCCGCCUGUGUGGUCUGGCGUCCCGCCCCCACCUCCUAUCUCUGGCGCAUACGUAAACCCGAACUUCUUCCAACAGCUGCAGGCCCAGCAUGCCCAACAGCCCCAACAGCCCCAACAAUCCCAACAACCUCAGCAACAGCAGCAACAGCAGCAGCAGCAGCAGCAGCAGCAGCAGUAUUGGGGACAGCACAACGCAUACGGUCAGGCUCCUAAAUAGGAUGAAUCGAGCUACCCAGUUGCCGCGUGGAUCGCCAACAAUAUCAAUGAAGGCGUCGGGCGCCAUUCUUGAGACACAUAUCCAUCAGAGCAGUGGCUGUUCCCAGGAAAUCAACCGACCAUUUGUUCGAUCCUUGAUUUGUGAAGGCAACACGCAGUGGCCUUGACAGCGCAUCACCUGAGGGUCUCUCUACCUUCAUACCAUCUACAUGUCCCGAGUCAUGUCUACCAGUAUUCUUGGUUUGUUGGAGAGGGUCUGGCUUGACUUUCGGUUAUGAAGAAGAAUGGCUCCUUGAGCGAACCUUUGCUUGCAUCCAGCAUGGCCUUCAUUCAGAAGGAGCAUGCUUGUGCUAUUGAUUAGGGUAUACUAUUCUCUGCCUACAUCAAUUGGUGCAGGAAAAACGGAACAAGAGUCUGGAUACUCUUCGUACAAGGAAAGGAUGGGGUUUGAAGUACAUUUUUGAUGUCCGAGUAUUUUUGAACGAGUACAUAUUAUACCAGAUUCAUUUCUGGUCAUUCGGCAUCUUUAUGAUGAUGCAGCAUGGUGUUCCUGAUGUCAAGUUAACAAGAACGAUAUGCUGUACAUACAGCAAUCACGGCUGGUACCUACUGGGGGAUAUGGUUGUCGAUAUAUCAGGCACCAGACCGAAAGUGACAUACAAACAAGACACAUACCUGUGGCAGGGAUAGUGCGAUACAAACAGAGAGACCCAGAGGCACAUACACAUGGCCAUGAUGUUAUCAUCAAUUGACAUUGCUGGUUGUUUAGAUACUUGUGUAUCUCCAGCUCAGGUACUAGGCCUGCUUUGAGAAACGACAGCGGCAGUUGUUGGAUCGCUCCAGGUAGACCCGCGCAUUGCGAGCUAUAUAUUCAUUCACUUGCUGCACCUAGAUAGACAGAUCAAGUGGAGAAAUCGAUUGACAAAAAUUGUGACGUCGAUCUC